AUGGGGGCUUCCAUUUUCUUUCCCUUCAUGCUCCUGGCCGUGUUCUCAGCAUCUUCAACCCAGAUUUUAAAUACCAGUGUUUUCAAACAAGAUGAGAAUUCAGAACCUGCACAUAUUCUGGAGAAAAAAAAUGAAGCUAACCACCUAGGAGGACAAAGGGAUUCUAAUAAGCAAGGAGGUAGUUAUGCACAAGGAAAUCCAGGAACAUUUAGUCUUCAAGGACAACCAGGAUAUUUUAACAAGCUAGGGAAACAAAUGAAUUUUAAGCAAGAAAGACCAGGAGUUUUGAACCAGCCUGGGAUUUUAAAGAAUUCAGGAAAAUCUAACCAAAAAGGGAACCCAGAAUCUUCUAAUAGGCAAGAAAAAGCAGGAUCUUCUAGCAAACUAGGGGAACCAGUAUUUUCUACCCAUCAGAGAAAUCCAGGGUCAUUUAGCCAGGAAGUGAUGGUGGAGUCAUCUAGCCAACAGGGGAAGCCAGGAUCAGCUAGCCAACAAGGGAAUCUAGGGUCAUCUACCCAGAAAGGGAAUUUAGGAUCUUCUAGUCAACAAGGGCAUCUAGGGUUAUCUAGUCAUCAAGGGAAACCAGAGUCAUCUAGCCAGCAAGGGAAGCCUGGAUCAUCUAGCCAAGAAGGAAAUCUAGGAUCUUCUAGCCAACAGGGGAAGCCAGGGUCAUCUAGCCAACAAGGAAACGUGGGAUCUUCUAGCCAACAGGGGAAACCAGGGUCUUUGAGCCAUCAAGGGAAGCCAGGGUCAUCUAGCCAACAAGAAAAUCUAGGAUCUUCUAGCCAACAAGGAAAACCAGGGUCUUCUAGCCAUCAAGGGAAGCCGGGGUCAUCUAGCCAACAGGGGAAGCCAGGGGCAUCUAGCCAACAGGGGAAGCCAGGGUCAUCUAGUCAACAGGGGAAGCCAGGGGCAUCUAGCCAACAAGGGAAGCCAGGGGCAUCUACUCAACAAGGAAAUCUGGGGUCAUGUAGCCAGCAAGGAGAUCUAGGAUCUUGUAAUCAACAGGGGAAGCCAGGGACAUCUAGCCAGCAAGAAAAUAUAGGGUCAUCUGGCCAGGAAUGGAAGCCAGGGUCAUCUAGCCAACAAAGAAAAUUAAGGUCACUUUACAACCAUCAACAAAGAAAAAAUAUCGACAACACUUUGAAUGACAAUAUAACGGACUUUCAGGGCAGGUCCAGAGAUGUCAUCCAAGAGCCAAGGCCUAUAAUUGGAGACCCUCAGAGCCUGGUUGGUGGUCUAUACCCCUGUGACCAAGCUGAUACUAAGACUGGCAGUGCCAGCAGCAAGAACUCAACAAGAAAAACAAAAUGUCUAUCUGUCUACAAACCAGUCUGUGCUUCUGAUGGGAAAACCUAUGGUAACCAUUGCAUACUUAAUGAAGCAAAGAGGUUGAGUAAUGGAAAACUGAGUUUGAACCAUGAGGGAGAAUGCUAA